AUGGUUGGUGGCGAUGUGAUCACCAACAACAAGAGAUGUAAAGAGAGAAUCGAUGAUAGGCACAACAUCGAUUUCACAAAAAAAGUAUCGAUAAUGCAAAACUUCUAUUCUCCAGUGAUGAAACCAUGGUUUAAUAUCUGUAGAUGUCAAUUCGAAGAGCAUUUUUUUGAACCUGGGAGUGAUCGUGUUAGCCUGAUGAUUCUCACUUGUAUCAGAUUCCUCAAGUUGUAUAUGUGGGAACAACCAUUCAUCGAUCGAGGUGAUCCAAUUCAAAGAACCAACUCAAAGAGAGGUAGUACCAAAUGGAAUCGUAUUGCUAGCCAAGUUCUCAGUUUGUGUCGCGUGGUGGUUCAGUCUCACUAUUUCAUCAAUACGUCCAUUAAAGAUGCUUCUGGAGUCCAGGCACCGUUGAAAGUAGUUGCUUCGUCCAAGAGAAUCGAAGUAUUCCUCCCAACCACCGAGAUUCAACGGCAUAUGAUCACUCACAUCGGCACCAGUCCAGAUAUUAGAACUAAUUGCACUUGCACGAGUGAAUCUGGUAAAAUAGAAAGCGGUGGCGCAUCUAAUAUUGUUAAAGGUGAUACAGUCUCUGAGUUAACCACGCUAUCAAAAUCACACUACCCAAAAAGAGAACGUAAUAACACUCAGUUUGUUUCUACUACGAAACACUGUGUGGUAAUCAAGAAUUUUUAUACAACUACUUUCAUUUUAAAAGUAUUACAAUUAUCUAAACUUAUUCAUAAAAUGUGUUGUAUACUUAUUCAACACCUUUAUCUUGAGGAGUAUAUGAAAAUUCACACUCAUCAAUCACUAUUACUUUUCGUUCUCAAACAAACCAAAAAUCAUAAUCAUAGAAGCUAUCACUUUGUUUAA